GAUCUUCUUGAUUAAGGAUGUCGAAGCCGUUCAUGAUUAUUUCAUCAACCAUUAAUGGCUAAGAAAAUGGAGCGUCUCGAAAUGUCGACGGACUUCCGCCCAUUCAAAUUCCGGAUCCAAGCAUUCACGAAUGCAUUCCAUGAUGAUCUGAUAGCGAACGGUCUGACUGAGGAUAUCCUUCCACUUCGAAAAGUCAAAGUCUAUCUAUGGAAACAUCGGUACAUAUCUCGAUUCAAUGAAGAUGGCAAGAAACAAAAAUCUAAGGGAAAUCAUGUCUGGAACAUUGAAGCUCGAAAGAUUUCGAAUUUAUCAUCAAAUGACAACAAUGAUGGCAACAGCGAUAAUAACAACCACAUUAAUAAUAACCACGACAAUAAUACUGGACCUGAAUCCAUUGCUGCCGCAGGCGGAGGCAUGGGCGUGGUCCGAAAGCAGACCAGUCCUGUGCGGUGGGAGUUCCGUGAGUAUUCGAGUCGAAUUGCAGGACAGGUUAUCAAAUUUGCUAGAGUUGGUGUCCCUUAUGUAUAUUCGCCUCGUAUCUGGGAUGCUCAGAUGUCAUGUCCGGCUGCCAAAUUUAGUAGUCCUUGGCUUCCACCAUGGCUGAAAUGGCACAAGGGUGAACUCAAGGGUACCCCUGGCCCCGAGGACGAAUCUUGUACGAUUACCGUUAUUGCUGAAUACGUUCGUGAAGGAGAAGAGUGUCGACUGGAGAUGUCCUUCCCUUUGACCGUCUCAGACCCAAGCAAGGAGGGUGAAAUAAUGGAGUCCCAAUACGAGCAUGAAGAUGAGGAUGAAUUGUUGGAGGAGGAAGAAUCAGAUCGACAAAGGAACCGGUCAACUGAUCAUCACAUGGAUGUCGAUUCGAAGACGCGAGCACAAAUACAAGUACAGCCUCAAUAUCAUCCCUCACAACAUCAACAGCAGCAACAGAGCCGCCAUCAGAGCCCUCCAUCCCGUUUUCAAGCACACCAAACUCAGCACCAGCUCCAACAUCUUCAUCUUCAAGAGCAACCAAUGCAACAGCAACAACAGCAACCGCAAUCGCAGCAAUAUCAUCAUUACCAACAUGAUCAACACUAUUCCCAGCAGCAGCAGCAACAAUCUGCACAACCACACAGAGGCAAUGGGCAGAGUUGCGAGGACGAUCAAUUAUCAAGCGAUGGUCCACAAGAAAUUGAUGAGGAGAAUAGUAUGGAUGACACUGGUGUAGAGAAAGACAAGCCGCACGUUCGAAAACAAGCUCAUGAUCGGAGCUCUAUAGUUCAAAUGCAAGAGACUAAAAGACGGAGGCAUGAACCAUAGAUGCCUUCAACUAUUUUAAAUUAUGGUCAAGCUUCCCAGGUGGUUGUUCGGUUGGUCUCUAUAAGCUAUUCGGAAAUAAAACACCAUAGAUACAGUUGCUUGUUGAUCCAAAGCCUGUUUCAUCACGACAAAAACCACAACUGGAGGCUGAAAUACUGAUUAUUGGCAAUCCUUUCAGUAGGCUUUAUUUUUGUAAUAACUGACACAUCUCAUGCGAGAUUUACACCAAUAUUUGACAAAGAAGUACGUACUGGAAGUUUAUCUGGGAGGACGCAAUCUUCAGCCAGAGAAAAGAAGUGAAAGUAGGAAAAAAAGACGUUUGCAUGGAUUUAUCCAGAACCAAACCGUCAUCAUUAUUUAAUGAAUUUGAUUAAUACGACGUUUACAUGGCGCAUCUCAAAGAUCAUUAAGAAUA